AUGCAAAAUUGUCGAUGCUAUUAUUGCUGUGCUCUCCAGCUUUUCCAGACUCCGGCACAAUACAGCUUUGGCUACGACACGGCGGGCGAGUACAAUGAUCGGCAGGACGGCUCUAACGUUGCAAAUUCCGGCUUGUACGGCUACCCGGACCCCAGCGGCAUCUACCGCCAGAUGAACUACGUGGGCGCCGUGCAAGCCUUCCGGCCCACCGUGGGUACCGACGAGAAGGGCCCCAUCCCUGGUGUCAGCGGUUACGCGGUGUUCAAUGCGGCGCCGAUCAUCCUCCCUGUUCCCACAGGAUCUGCCCAGAAUGCUGAGGCUGCAGCCUACGGCGCAAGGGCAACGGCCGUGGUACCUAUCACUGGAGGCUACAGCCGUUACGGGCGGCCAGCACCCCACCCGUACGCACUCGCCGCUGGCGCUUUCGAGUACACUCCGUACGGACGAUACGGCUAUGGAUUCAAUGAGGCGGCUCUCGGUGGACACGCAUAUGGCAGCUUUGCCCCCUAUGGUCCCGCCGGCUACGCUGCCGGCUACACCCCCGGUGCUAAUGCGGCAUCUACCGGGUACGGAAACCGGCCUUCCGCCCAGCGGGGCUACCGCCGUCGUUAA